GGCUGGCGGCGGGGCCGGGCGGGCGGCGGCGCUGCUCGGGCGUCACAGCGCCGGGCGGCGGCGGGGAGAUGCGGCUCCUGGCGCUGGCGGCGGCCGUGCUGCUGGCGCGGGCUCCGGCCCCGGAGGUGUGUGGGGCCCUCAAUGUCACCGUGUCCCCGGGGCCUGUGGUUGACUACCUGGAGGGGGAAAAUGCCACUCUUCUCUGCCACGUCUCCCAGAAGAGACGGAAGGACAGCUUGCUGGCCGUGCGCUGGUUCUUUGCACGCCCCAACUCCCAGGAGGCCUUGAUGGUUAAGAUGACCAAGCUCCGGGUGGUGCAGUACUAUGGGAAUUAUAGCCGCAGUGCCUUCCGGCAGAGGCUGUGCCUCCUCGAGGAGAGACGUGGGGCACUCUAUACACUCUCUGUUUUGACCCUUCGGCCAGCGGAUCAAGGGCAUUACGUGUGCAAAGUCCAGGAAAUCAGCAAGCACAGAAAUAAGUGGACCGCCUGGUCCAAUGGCUCCUCAGCGACGGAGAUGAGAGUGAUUUCCCUCAAAGCGUCUGAAGAGUCAUCCUUUGAGAAAAAGAAAGAGACCUGGGCAUUUUUUGAAGAUAUCUACAUAUAUGCCGUGCUCGUGUGCUGUGUGGGGAUUCUCAGCGUCCUACUCUUCACCCUGACCAUCAUCUGGCAGUCUGUGUUUAGCAAGAGGAAAUCCAGAGUGAGACAUUAUUUGGUGAAAUGUCCUCAGAACAGUUCAGGGGAGACCGUUACCAGUGUGACCAGCUUGGCCCCGCUGCAACCCAAGAAAGGCAAGAGGCGGAAGGAGAAGGCUGACAUUCCUCCUGCAGUCCCUGCCAAAGCCCCCAUAGCCGCCACGUUCCAUAAACCGAAGCUGCUGAAACCGCAGAGGAAAGUCACGCUGCCAAAGAUUGCUGAGGAGAACCUGACCUACGCCGAGCUGGAGCUGGUCAAACCCCACCGGGCCGCCAAAGGCCUCCCCACCAGCACCGUCUACGCCCAGAUCCUCUUUGAAGAGAACAAGUUGUAAUGCUGUGCCCUCUUCUGUGGUCCUAUUUAAUACCUGCCAUCCCGGUUAUUUAUGACACUUUGGAAACAAAGUCCUUAUUUUUGUCUUUUCACUCGUGCCUUCUGCGUGGCAGAGAGACCCUUCCCAACAGCGCUCCAGGUGCCUCCGAGGAGAGGUGUGAGGCACGAGGUACGAGGCUCCUCUCCACAAAAGAUUAGGGGCCACAGACCUUGGACAAACCUCCCAGGACAAGAUUUUCUGAGUCUGAGCCCUGAGAAGUGUGGACUCUGAUUCUGAGAGUACCCAAGGAGAUUUUUCUGCUGAGCCAAACCCCUUCGUGUUUUCUUCUUCUUUCUUUGGGUUUUAAUCUUUUAAAAAUCUUAUUUUAAUCUUCUGUUCUUCCUGUAUUUGUGAUAUCAAGCUCAUAGCAUAUAGCUAGAAGAAAUACCAUUAUAGGCCAAAGUGUGUGAGAUGGCAGAUAUGUACUAGUUGGUUUUCAGAAGGUCACAGAACGUUCCUAAGGCACCUAGAGCAGAGCAGACUGCUUAUUGCAAACGGUCACUCAAGGUAGCAUCUCUUGUUUUAAACAGAUGCACUGACCCUGGUGACUUAAGGGCGGAGAGGCAGACUGUGGGGCUAACAGUCAGCCGUCUGUAAAUACCCCAGUGCCCGUCUCCCAGCUGUGAUCGCCCAAGGCCACAGGGCGAGUAGCACACCCUAUUUUAAAGGGCUUCCAUAACCCUCAUCAGGGUGCACCUAUAUUGGUAUAGAAACUUACAUCCUCCCAGCAGUCCUACUCUUCUCCAAAGGAGCAAGGGAGGGACUUAGCCAUCCAUUGACACACUGGAGGAAGCGGGCCCCUCGGAACUGUGUCGAGGUUACCAGCUCUAAAUUGAACGUCCACUCGUAUGUGGGCAAAGUUUUGUGCCUGGUUCCCCUAGUGGAGGAAAGUAAGAAGUGCAAGCCGAGUUGGGAAAAUGUGUUUUAAAGACCCUACUCUUGGAACGUGCCUUGUCCAACUCAACUUCAUGGGUGAUUUCUAAUGUGUUUGGGUUGGGGUCAGGCAGGGGUGCAUGGUAUACACAUCUGUGUGGAAGUUUCUCUGCAGGACUGGUACAACACCCAGAAACUCACUGGAGAUGGAAACGUUCUAGAAGAGAGCCAUCCUGUCACACUUCUUGGGUGGGUGUGCUCUGGGCGGUUAUUCACUGCGCACUGCAGACAUUGUUUGGCUUUGUAACGGAUCAUGUAUAUAUGGUAAAUUAUAUAUUUUAAACACAA